AUAACACCGUAACACACAAAGGGUACUGAAAGGAUACUAUAGCAUUGAAUGAUUUAUUUUUGACGUCGUCGUGUCAAUAACUGCCGUCAUGUGAGCAGACAAAUUGAAUAACGCGUUAGCGCGUUAUGAUAAUUUGUAUGCUCACCUGACGGCAGUUAUUGACACGGCGACGUUAAAAAUAAAUCAUUUAAUGCUUAUAUUUACAUUUCCUUACUGAAGAAAUCAAUCGGUUUUUUUUAAAUCAAUCGAUAUAAUGUGCAGAUCACGGAGGGAGUGAAUAAGUAACAGCAAGAACAGCUGUUUUGUGAGAUGAGAUCGACGAGCAUAAAAAUAUAACCCAUGAUAAAUAACUUUUGAAAUGUUGCUUUUAACAAUAGAGUCAACUUUUUUGUUGAAUAAUUAUAAAACAUGGUGUUUUGCCAAUAUUCGUGAAAUGCCAUUUAACCGAUAAUAUAGAAAUCACUGUUUGAGAACUACUUAUGUAAAUUACUCGUUAAUUCAUACGCAGUGAAUAGGUGUUGCAUUUAGAGGCAUUUAAACAUCACGGAAUUUAAUGGAAAAACACAGUAGAAUGUAAAUAUAUGUAAAUGAUAAAUUUAAUUAUAAUGUCACAAAAGUUAAACACGGCAUGUUAAACUGCAACGUCACAAGCGAAAAUCAAAGUUCACGCUAGUGGCUGUUACAGUGGCUCUUCCAUUCAUUUCAUCUUAGGAAAAUACAGUAAUUUUGAGGUAUGGGUCACAUUUGCAGACAGGCAAACAGUUUUUAACAAAUAUAAAUAUAAGCAUUGAAUGCUAAUGCUGUAUUUAAUUCGUCUGCAAUGCCUUGUGUGUUAUAGCACCGAUGAUAUUCAAAAAUAAGCAUCCAAUGCUUAAUUACUGCAGUAGCUGUCCACAUAUUUUACAUGCAACAAUAUAAGGAAUUUAAAUAAUUAUACAGAAUUAAACGUUUUUGCUAUUCAGUAGGUUCACAUGUAGAAACAUAUUUGCAAAUGUAGAUCAUCGAUUUAUUGUUUCAAUGAUUUAUUGAUUAAUUGAUGGAAUGUUGAAUCUUACAAAGUAUUUAAUUGCUAUAAUACAUUGUAAUUACGUUUGUAUUUAUUUACUGCAUGAUCAAAAGUUAUGGCUCAAUGUGAGGUGCUUGGAAGUGGAAAAAUAAAUUAUAAGUAACACUUUAAUGAAUCAAUGUAAUAUUAUAUUCCUAUAUAUGUAAUAGUGUAUUCCUAUGUUUUACUAUAUCAUGUUAUGCUCAAUCUGUGGGUGUAUACUUUUUAUCCAACGUACUGUUUGCUUUCGACAUGUAUAUGAGAGUAAGUUAAGUCAUUUAAAAUCAUAUUUCCCCAGAGUUCCCGUGAUGGGAACGGUAAAGCUUGUUUUAUAGCUACACGUGAAACAAUCUUUUCAUAUGCAAUUAUUUUCGGUACUUAGGAAAAUUAUAUUAAAAAGAAAAAAAACAUUAUCUCGGGCUCUAGGAUAUAUCUCAGUGUUAACCAAUUCGAGCACCAGAAUAUAUUUUAAUGUCAUUAAUUUUUAUUAAAAGUAUCUAAUCAUAUUAUGUUUAAUCAUAUUCUAAUGCCAUCAUUUGAAAACUUUUUGGGAAAAUUCAACAGUAUAAAAUCCAACAUGACAACCGUGCCUUAAAAAAUGAGAACUGUUCCAUCCAUCACGACAACCGUUCCUUCGAACAUGACAACCAAUCCAUCCAACAUGACAACCAUUCCGUCCAACAUGACAACCUUUCCAUCGACUAUGACAACUGUUCCAUCCAACAUGAAAACUGUUCCAUCCAACAAGACAACCGUUCCUUCACACAUGAGAAUCGUAACAUCCAACAUAACAACCUUUCCUUCAAACAUGACAACUGUUCCGUCCAACAUGAUAACCGUGCCUUCCAACAUGAUAACCGUUCUUUCGACCAUGACAACUGUUCUGUCGAACAUGACAACCGUGCCUUCCAACAUGAUAACCGUUCCAUCGAACAUGACAACUGUUUCGUGGAACAUGACAACCGUACCAUCGAACAUGACAACUGUUCCAUCGAAUAUGACAACUGUUCUGUAGACCAUGACAACUGUUCCAUCGAACAUGAAAACCAUGCUUUCAAACAUGACAACCGUUCCAUCCAACAUGACAACCGUUCCUUCCAACAUAACAACUGUUCCAUCGAACAUGACAACUGUUCCAUCCAAAAUGACAACCGUUCCAUCGAAUAUGACAACCGUUCCAUCGGAUAUGACCACACGAAUUAACCCCACAGUUACUCCCUCGCCGUCGAAAUCAAAGUUCAGCACCGGCACAUUCUUCGGAGGCAUAGGCGUGGGGAUUGUAAUUGUUUUCAUUGUAAUGGCGGGAAUCUACGGUGUAAUAAAAGGGAGGCGGGCGCUUGAAGAAAAAGUGCAAAGUGAAACUAUAGAAUGAGAAAUAUGAGAGAGAGAGAGAGAGAGAGAGAGAGAGAGAGAGAGAGAGAGAGAGAGAGAGAGAGAGAGAGAGAGAGAUGAAAUUUUGUUUUAUCUUUCUCUGGGUGGGGAUGGCGUUUGUUGGUUAUUUUUUUUUUUUAGAGUUAGUGUGUUUGCUUGUUAUGUACAUAUAUAGGUAAAUUCUAUUUUGAAACCGAUGUGUGUUCCUUGACUGGAAAUGCCCU